AUGGUUGUCCGGAUCCGUCUGUCGCGAUUUGGCAAUAAGCACCAGCCCUUCUACAACAUUGUUGUGGCCCAAGCACGGACGGCUCGUGACUCAAAGCCACUGGAGGUUAUCGGAACAUUCAACCCUGUCCCGCAACGGCCUACAAACUUGUCCGAUGAGGAAGCACGCAGCGCUAGGGCGUAUAAAGAGAUUUCCCUCGACCGAUCAAGGGCAAAGUAUUGGCUAGGAGUUGGAGCACAAGCCAGCGAGUCUGUUUGGCGGAUAUUGAACUUGGCUGGCCUCGUUCAACCCAACGCCAAUUCCCCGAAAUAA